UUUUGGCAUCGGAUGCUCGCGCUCGGUGUGCAUUAGAAAGCGGGAGAAUUCUGUUGUUAAAAACUGGUGUUUGUGGUGCGACAGCAUUUCAAUACGCGCGUGAACGUGCCACCAGCGUCUUUUAACGUGGCCAAGUUGCGAUACCCGAUUCACCGUUUGCAAUGGUGCCUUCCGAAAACGAGCGGUCACAAACGGCAUCUAGUCGGCCGUCAACCAUGGCCUCAGUGAGAUGAAUUUGGUGAAAGUGAACAUAUUCGACAGUCCCAAUGAAGGCCGGCAGUAGACAUAAUCGAAUUCCCUUGCAGUCGGCGAAGAUUUGGGAAAACGGUACUGACAUCCCCAUUACCAGCAGUACGAGAGGAAAGGUAACAAUCAACGAUCAGCUAGAUCGAGUGACCAGUGCGUGUGAUGGCAAAAGGAAUGUCGGAUGCUCCGCCGAAAUAGUUCCACGAUCGCUUCUGGUCAUCCGGCGCUUUAUCUGUCGUCGGGUGUAAACAAACGAUAUCACUAUUAACUACGAUCACCAAAAAGACGUUCAAUCGUUGGAGACGAAAAUAGUUAUCUCCAGGGCUUCAACAAUAUUUUGGCCUCGAAAAUCGGCGGCUGGCCAGCAAAAGCUGUUGGAUCUUUUUUUGGCCCGAACCAGACCGAUCGCUUACGCUUUCCUCCAGAGGUUGCCUUCCCGGAAACUUGUGUGUUUGAGCAGGAAAGCAGAAGAGUUGGCGGUGUGUGGAACAGACGGCGGUAGCAGCAUUGACUAUGCAAUCGAGUGAUGUUCAGCGUUCGUUUGAUUUAUCGUCGUUCGCAUUGAACUUAUGCUCGAUGCUUGCGCUGAGAUCACACAGUAAUGCUUCUCUGUAGUAAAAUGCUCAUCCUAGAAGAGCUGCCAAAAGAUCAGACCAGAAAAACAACGAAACAUGACGCAGUAAGCAACGAUUCGGCAGUUAUGCGGUAGCAUACCGAAUCCAAACUUCCUCCUGUGCGUAUGACAAUCAUAGCCAAGGACCGAAACAUCACAGUGUGCCUAGCAAAAAUGGUGCACAACCGCAAGCGCUCCUGACAUGAACUGUGACACCUUUUACGCUGUCGAUUGUGAUUUGUUAUCGUUUAUGAUAAGCAAUUGUUGAGAAAAGUUGUUGUAGCCGAAGAAGUUUAAUCAUGCAGACGUGUUCGUUGUUGGAAAAUUGUGUGCCUAACUCCGAUCGGGACGGAAGAUGCCGCGCGUGGUGCAACAAGAAUGCUGCUGGCAGAUUUGCCACAUUGUGAUGCUGUGAAACAAAUAACCAGUGAUGGCGAAAACGAAUCCAUUCAGAAAUAGAAGAAAAGUGAAGCGGUAUUGUGUUAUAAAGUAAACGGGGGAAGGUCCUGUUGGAACUGUACUUUUUUCUCUCCAUCGAAUGCAACAAAGACUGCCGCAGCAAGAGUGCUUUCUUAGUGACAUUAUGCCCUACACUGAUAUAACUCUGGUUGUAUGACGAAAUUCGCCAACGAAGAGAAAACCACCAGGACGACGGACUGCCUUGAGAGGAAGGACUGAAACGAAUUAAAACAAACCGACCCCAGUUGAUCGUAAUUUUAACGUCUAACGUAAGCUGAGUGUGUUCGAAGGGAAAAUAUCACGAGCCAAACGUCGGUGUGAAAAACUAAAUCGAACCACGGAGAAACCAGAGGUCUGCUUCGGCUGAGGAAUAAAGCAGGAACGACGAGGAAAAAUUCCGCCGGUCCGCCCACCGAGGAGGAUUAUCCGAUGAAUCAGCAGUAUUCCCUUCAGAAGCUUGAUGACUUUACCUGCAGUGGGCCCAGACCACCCGUCCCCGGAGAGGAAACCCGUCGGAAGAUGACGGAAGUAUCGCACUCGGAUCGGAACAAAGAUGGAUCGCCACCAUCGUACGUUCGGUGGGCCCAGAAGCUCGGGAACCUACUGGAGGAUGGCGACGGCGCGGAGCUGUUCAAGCGGUACGUGGAGCUCGAGGGUGAGGAGCCCUCGAAUCGGCUCAAGUUCUACUUUGCCUGCGAGGGCCUCAAGCAGCAAACGGACCCGGAGAAGAUCACCCAGCUGAUCGGCGCCAUCUACCGCCGGUUCCUGAAGAAGGCCCAGCCUGGCUCGGAGUUGUACGUGAACGAGGCGCUGCGCAACUUCAUCAAGUCGGGUCUCAAGAACGAGCUUAUCCUUACGUCCGAUAUCUUCGACCAAAUGCAGUCCGAUGUGGCGAACAUUAUCGGCGAGACCACAUAUCCACAUUUCCUGCAGUCGGACCUCUACCUGCAGUACGUGCAGAACAUACAGAGCUCAAGCAGUAGCAGCAGCGUCAUCGGAAGCGGAAGCAAUUCUAACCUUGGCGCACCGACGGCUUCGACUAGCGGUGCUGGCGGAACGACAAGUGCUGCUGGAACUGGAGGCGGUAGUAAUAGUAACACCAGUGGGGGUAGUAGCAGCAGCGUCGGCAUGAUGGGAUACGGUAUGUCCUGCUCGCUGACCAAUAGCAGCUCCACAUCGGACCUCUUCACGCUCAGCUCGUCCGCCCUUCCGACGCUGCACGAAGAUGCAGAGCUAGUUAAUGCCGACUCGAUUGAGCAGCUGUACGGUGCUACAGGGCCCGGUGUGGACAGUCUGAUGGCACUGUCGGGGUCCUCAAGUAACCCCUUACUACCACCUCCACCCGCUCCGCCCGGCGCAAUGCCACCUCCAUCCACGUCUUCCUCCAAGGUGCCCAUGACGCUUACGAAGAAUGCACUGAUAGCCACGCAGAAACGACGCCUUGAAAGGCCCCCCGGAACACGCGGAUAUUCCGUUUACACCGCCUAUGCACCCUAUAAUCCGGUAUCGCGGCGCGACUCAGAGCUGGCCAGUCUGAGCUCCGGCCGUACCGAUUCCGAUACGAUGUCCCUUUCGAGUAUAUCCACCGAUGGCCGACCACAUUCGCAGCGAAAACAUCACCACCAUCACCAUUCGUCCAUGGAGAAGAGAAUUAUGCGUGAAAAUGCGCUCACCAACGAGGAAGUCGAUACAUUUUCGAUUAUCCCUCGGACACACCGAAAUACACAGAAACAGCCACCACCGAUGGAGUUCGCGAAAAUACUGAUAAACAAGCUGGAAUGCGUUGCCAGGGAGCAAGAGAAAGAUGAGCUGCUCUGUAAAAAGUUACAGGAGGCGGAAUUGUCCGAUCGCUCACAGAAUAAGGUACUGGCCGAUGCAAUUCGUCAAAAGCUACAGGUGGAUGACGACAACGAUCAGGACAUUCUCGAUCAGCACGUGUCCCGCGUUUGGUCAGACCUAACGCCAAGUCGUUCGCCCGGCACUAUGUCACCGUGUCCACCGAACGCGGUCGGUUCUCGCUCUCGGCGUCACGAGCUUGCCGGCUUUGUACCAGUUGGAGCGCCAACAUCGAUGCGACAUUCGAAGUCGAUGCCCGAGGGUCAUCCGCUGAUGGGUCAAUCGAUGCAGCCGAUGGCCGCCCCUAUGUCUUCCGGUUCGCGCAAGCUCAACCACAAAUGGCCCUCCGUCAACACGGAUAGUGGCAUCAGCCUGUUUUCCACCGACACGCUCACGAAGCACAGCAGUAGCGGCGGUAGCAGUGGCAGCCGGGGUGAACUCAGUCUCGGUGGCAGCUCGCGACCACUGUCACGCAACAUGCAUGACAUGCAUACGGCCACGUUGCUCCAGGAAUCCAGCCGCCGGCUGGAGGACGAAACGCGAAGAUCGAAACGGUACCAAUAUCCACUGCCAACGAGUGCAAUACAGAGCAUGCCAUUGCCACCCGUACCAAUGUCGCUGUCUUCGGCUGGUUUUGGAUCCCUUCCGCCUUCUAUGCCCCCUCCACCGAUUCCGGCGAAACCGCAGCAGGCCCCGAACGAGUUCACCAUCGUCGUGUACUCGUUCUGCGACGAGGAAGUCCCGUACCGGAUAAAGAUCCCCGGUACCCAACCGCCAACCUUGCGCCAGUUCAAGGAUUACCUGCCCAAAAAAGGAAACUACCGGUUUUUCUUCAAAACGCGCUGCGAGGAUCUGGACAAUCCAGUUAUACAGGAGGAGGUGAGCAGCGACAACGAACCGUUGCCCCUGUUCGAGGGUAAGGUGAUGGGCACGGUGAAGCCAUCGGAGUAAUUUUGUGUUCAGCAAUAAUAGUAAUAAAACCGUACAGAGAGAGUGAAGCUGCACUGUCGAAGGUAUGCUUGCCCAUCGUGCAUUGAUUAAGUGCAAUGAAGAAAAGUAACAACGCAUCAGGCGCCAUCACCGAUAGUAAGAUGUAUCCCUUCCUAUUCUCGUUAGAAUAAAAAAACCUUGGCUUCCGUUAGCAUAAACCUGUAAGAACUAGAUAGUAGUAGUAAAGCGGUAAAAGAAUAGAUUGUAAAGAAGGAAAAAUAAACCAGAACAGACUUAGCCGUGCAUCGAUUAAAAGAUCGAUGAAUUGAGCAAUACGACAAUGGGAGACUUUUGGAGGAAAAAUGUUUAACGUAUCGUUGCUUCCGUACUUAGAAAUGGGGAGACGCAUUUUACCAACAGUGCCUUUAAUUAUGUUAGGAGCCAUUUUUGCGGCGGCUGGGAUACUUUCUUAUAAAGAAUUGCACUAAAACAUGAAAAGGAAAUACAAUCAAUACCCCUCUUUCGGCUUCCACCAUGAAAGUAAGGAAGGAAGGGAAGACAGUGGUAGUUCCCGGUUGAGUUUGGCCGGCCAAUACCAUCCCACUAGGCGGAGUAUGCAACAGAGCAGCAAUAGGAUAGAUUUGUAGGAGCAAAAGAAAUCAAACCGUAAGCAUCAGUAUUUUGUAUCCGUUAUUUCUUUAUGUCAGCGUGUAUGUAGAUGGAAUUUAUUUUUAACUUUAUGACCUAAAAGCUAAGAACGACCUGCAACUGGGGGAGAAAUCCACAGACCGGAAUUGCUCUCCGUGUUUUUUUUUGUUUUUUUUCUCAAAGGACAAAUUAAAUCGAUCAAAUGUUGUCUAGCCAUCCCUAGCCAAGGGAUGUAAUAAGAAGAAGUUUAUUUGUUAACGGAAUUUGUAUGAAAAGUUUAAAUUUAUUUAAUUAAUUCUUCCAUAAAGCAAUAUUCUUUUGAGUUGUGGUUGUUUGCUAAAUUCAGAAGGCAUUAUUUGUACUGUAGGACAUCCGAGGAAUGACAAAUGAGUAGAACAUGCUCCAUAAUAGUCGGUCACAUCCCUGACCCGCGGUUCGGCAGUAGGAAAUAAAAGCCAGUAAUUCUUACGGGCCGAAGAUGGUCGUUACAUCACAGCAAAAGAAGAAGAUCUAAGGAGAAAUAUGUAGAACCGGCCCAAGACCACCGCCCCUUGUAUCACUUUACGUAGCUUUUAUGUCAAGCACAUUAUACGUGGCGCUUUCGCAAAUGUGUAUCAUUGUGCAGGGAAAUUUAAUUUCUUUUUCAUAUCAAUUUGUUCAUACUUAAAACAAGUCAGCCGACGAGGAAUGAUUGUACAUAUUGUCGCAUAUUUUUUAGUUAUUUUUAAAUUUUUCUAGAAGACUAUAAGUUCGCGUAGUAAAUUACGGACCAACUCACAGGAAGGCACAUAGACUAGACGUUAAGGGUAUUGUUUUGGUCCCGAUUAGCCUUUUCAUAGUAAGAUUCCAGAUGGUAGGAGUACCUCCCGUUAUCGGCCGGAUCGGCAUCAAACAGGCAGAUGAAGGUGCUACAAUACAGCGAGCAAGCGAAGUUCGAACGAAAAUAUAGAGAACUAUAUACACACAUGUAUAUUUAUAAGCUAUACACUUAAAAGAACAGGAAAAUCAAAGCUUGAUAAAACUGAAAUAAAUUUGCUUAUAUAAAAU